AUGUUUCACCAGGGCUCUCGUUACUCCUUUGAUGUCCCCAGCCCUCGCAUCAACUUUGCCACUCUGAGCGACGAUGACAUGCACGACACAGACUCCUGGUUUGACCAAAAAGCCAAUCUGGAGAAUAUCUCUCCUGCAGAAAACCUGGCCAAGGUCUCACAGAACAGCCCUGCUGUUUCCAAGCCUGAUAUUAUUCUAUCUUCUGUGGAGUCACAAGGAGUAGCAAUGAGUGAAAGCCACAGUGAGGACAAUGGCCAAGCAGAACAUGUGCAGACCAACAUGGUCCCUCAGAACAUUGUUGGAUCCCUGGAGAGCUGGAGAGCUGCUGCUCCUGCAGAGGCCCCUCAGAGAGUGGGUAGAAAACAGGCUACAACACAGAGGAAAACACAGCAGCGCAAACAGCCGGCGAGAGUCAAAGCAGAGAGGAGUGCUGAGGCCCUGCUUAACAAGGAAGAUGUUCCACCCCUGAAAAAAAUGAGGCUUUCUAACAGCAGAGGGAAGCUGGCAGAAGCAUCGGAAAAGAGAGAGCCCCUGCAGAAUGCUGACCUCUCCCCGGGGAGAGGGAGAAGCAAGCUGACCAUGCCCUCCACGCCAGCAAUGUUGAAGAGGACCAAUCUCCCUGGCAAGGUGAAGAGCACAGAGGAGCAGGAGCUGGAAAAGAUGCAGCAGUUGCAGCGGGAGGUUGUGGAGCUGCGGAAGAAGAACGAGGAGUCUCUGAAAGCAGCUAUUGCUGGAGCAGGACAACCUGUGAAGAGACCUGUUGGUCAAGUAACAAAGCCAAUUGACUUCCACUUCUGCACGGAGAAUAGAAUAAAACAACAUGGGGAAAGCCAGCCUGGGAACGAGUACAAGGAGCUGGAUUUUGCAGCAGUGCUAAGGAAGCAUCCUCCUUCUCCGGUGCGGAUGCCAAAGGGACCCACUGUCCCCAAACCUUUCAACCUGUCCCAGGGAAACAAAAGGAAACUUGAAGAAAUCACAACAGAAUACGUGUCCCUGGCUGAGCAGGUAGAAGCCUUCCAAAAACGCACACCCCCUCGUUACCACCUGAGGAGCAGGAAGUCUGAGGAAGGCCCAGUGCCACGCAAGGUGCCGAAGGCUCGGCUGACACACCCCAAAACACCCCUGCUGCUAACCAAGCAGCGCUUCAGACCCCCCACCUGCAAAACCACUGCAGAGCUGGAAGCAGAGGAAAUGGAGAAAAUUCAACAGUACAAAUUCAAAGCACAAGAACUCAAUCACAAAAUCUUUGAGGGUGGACCACUCCUGCCCAAGAAACCUGCUGUGAAGGAGCUCACACAGCCCAUUGGCUUUGAACUGGAAAUAGAAAAAAGGAUUCAGGAGCGUGAGAGUAAGAAGCAGCAGGAGGAAGAGCACUUUGAAUUCCACUCCAGGCCCUGUCCAACAAAAAUCCUGGAGGAUGUUGUGGGUGUUCCAGAGAAAAAAGUGCUUCCUGUGACAGUCCCCAAGUCUCCAGCGUUCACCUUGAGAAGCAGGACUCGAAUGCCUGGCAGGGAAGAAGAAAAGGAAAAAGAGGUGGUUCCUGUGAUCAAAGCUAACCCUGUGCCACACUACGGAGUGCCCUUCAAACCUAAAAUGCCAGAGCAGAGGCACGUGGAAGUUUGCCCCUUCUCUUUUGAUGCCCGGGACAAAGAGCGCCAAAUACAAAAAGAGAAAAAAAUAGAGGAAUUGCAGAAGGAAGAGGUGCCAAAGUUCAAAGCUCUUCCUCUGCCUUACUUUGACCAAGUUAAGCUGCCAGAAAAGAAGGUCAAGAACCCAACUCAGCCUGAGCCAUUCAAUCUGCAGAUUGAUGAGCGGGGAGCUGCCAAGCUCCAGAGCUGGAAACAGCAGCUUAAAGAAGACUUAAAAAAGCAGAAAGAGGCAGCGUGUUUUAAAGCUCGUCCCAACACAGUGAUGUACCAGGAACCUUUUGUGCCAAAAAAGGAAAAUAAGAUGUUAUCAGAGAGCCUUUCUGGUUCUGUAGUUCCUGAAAGCUUUGAGCUGGCGACAGAAAAAAGAGCUAAAGAGAGGCAAGAGUAUGAAAAACGAUUGGCAGUUGUAGAAGCUGAAAAGGAGAAAAAUCAAGAGAUGAUCAGACAGCAAGAGGAGGAGCGUGAAAGGGAGGAAAUUGCUAAGCUAAGACAAGAACUGGUCCACAAGGCAAACCCAAUACGCAAGUACUGCAGCGUGGAGGUGAAGCCCAGCGAUCAGCCCCUGACCACACCCAAGUCACCCAACUUCUCAGAUAGGUUCCGAUGCUGA